CACACGGCGGAUUCCAGCAGUAGAGCAGGUGUCACAUGUACACCUGUUGCUAAGACACGUAAACCAGCUUCAUACAUACCAGACAACACUAAACACAUCAGCUAUCAAACCGUGUGUAGAAGAUGAAGGGUGAUGACUUCAGUGUCCACAGUCUCUCUCUUGGACUCCCUCAGCUUGACCGAGCAUGAACAUCCACACGAGGUGGUCCUGGAGGAUGAAGCCGACACAGAGGCUCGGGUACCAGAGCUGAAGCACAUCAGGCAGGAUUUGUCCACUGAAGAAUUAUACCUGCAGGCCUGUAAACUGGUUGGUGUCGUUCCUGUCAGAUAUUUCCUCAGAAACCUGGGCUGCGCCACCAUUAACCUCAACCACCAUGGACUCGGGCCUUUGGGUGGAAAAGCUCUGGCGAUCGCCCUCGUGACAGACAUGCACACCACGACACUGGAGCUGGCAGACAACUUCCUGUUAGCCGAAGGGGCCAGAUAUCUCAUGGAGAUGCUGAGGGCCAAUUUCACCAUUCAGAACCUUGAUCUCUCUGACAAUCACCUUCAGUCCGCUGGAGCAGAGUGUGUUGCUAAAAUGCUCUUGGAAAACAUUUCCAUUAAAUCAUUAAAACUUGCAGGGAAUAAAUUUGCUGAAGAUGAUGCAAAAUGGUUUGCAGAUGCCUUUUCAAGCAACUACAGAGUCAAGGAGCUGGAUUUGAGCCACAAUCAGUUCUGUGGAAGAGGCGGUGAACAUCUGGGUCAGAUGAUAGCAAAUAAUGACGGCAUAGAGGUUCUUGAUCUGAGCUGGAAUCAUCUGCGAAUGAAAGGAGCUGUAGCUUUCUGCGCUGGACUAAAGGUCAACACGACUUUGAAACACUUAGAUCUGUCAUGGAACGGCUUUGGAAACGAGGGCGCUUUAGCUCUGGGUGAAGCACUCAAGUUCAACAACACGCUGGUGCACCUGGACCUCAACAACAACCGCAUCACUGAUGAAGGAGCGAGCCUGCUGUGUAAGGGGCUGGAGGCUAACGAUACUCUCAGAGUGCUGCAGCUGGCGUAUAACUCACUGACAGUAGAGGGGGCUCUUACUUUGAUCAAUGUAGUGAAGAACACGCCUAAAACUGCCAUUGAGGAGAUCAACAUAUGUAACGUUCUGGUGAAUGAGAACUUCGUGCAGCUCUUAGAGUUGAUCUGUCAGGAACAUCCCAGUCUGGAGGUGCAGUAUGGAGGAGUUGGAGGCUUUAUUGCCAAAAAGCCUCGGAAACGCAUUGACCCCAUGAAAGUUAUUCAGGAUUACCUUGAUCAGCGCAAGCUUCGUCUGUGGGACUUCUUCCGUAACAUAGACAAAGAUGGGACAAUGCGUGUUCCUGUCGUAGACUUCAGAAAAGCCGUUCAGCAAUCCAGCAUCCCACUGGAGAGAUUCCAGAUUGAGGAGUUGAUUCAGAGACUGGACAGAGACCGAACAGGCAUAGUGGACUACAGAGGCCUGGCAGAUACUAGGAAACAGAUGAUGCGAGACCACCGCCGCCAACUGCGUAAAGUGGAGUCACGGCAGAAGAAGGAGAAGCAGAAGAGCGACAGGAUCCUCAAAACCUUUGAGAGCGCAGUAGAGGCCGUCACUCCACGGAGCUCCAUGAUAAUAUCUCCAGGCGUUGCCAAAGAGGACUCCAGCGGCCCCCAGCACUUCUCUGCCACCCCACUCAGCUCCUGGCACCAUAUAAUCAUGUCCAACAGCAGCCGCUACUCUGUCAAUAACAUGAGCAGCGAGCAUGUGCACCUUCCCAUGAUAGGGAACCCCUCGAGAUCACCAGACAUGCGCUCAUAUUCACAGCCAAACCUUUUCGCCAGCCUCCCUAAACCACCGACCAGCAAACCCACUUCUGCUCAAGGAUUGCACUCCACGUCCAACCCGAGUGUGGCCAGCAGUAAACUCAGCCCCACUGCUAACCUGACCAGAUCCAGGCCGGCGUUAAACACUGAGCCCACCAGUAAAGCAAAGGUUAAAGGGAAGAAAAAGAAGACCAAGAAAAGAAAAGAAAAGGUAUAAUGUCAAAAGGAUAUGGUGUCCAUGCCUGUCAAGCUCCACAAAGGGAAAAUCUUCAGAGAAUAACAACAUUCAGAAGACUUUAAAUAUUAUAGCACAUGAGAUAUAUGGACUUUAUAUAUAU